UUCAAGGAUGAGUGGUUACAUCUCGAGUCAUACAAAGGUUGGCUUUCUGCGAGUGAAAGUUGUAACACGAAUGCACAUUGCAAAUGGUGUAGGUGCGAUUUUUCUGUCGCUUCGGGGGGGAAAUCUGACGUUGAAAAACACAAAUCAACAAAAAAACAUACAGACAAUGCAAUUAGUUUUAUCAACCAGAGAACAUUGACAGAUGUUUUUGCAUCAACUUCAGGGUCAACAUUAAAAACAAAAGUUAAAGAAGCAGAAAUACAUUUAGUUUCUUAUAUAAUUGAACACAAUUUGCCAUUUACAGCUGUAGAACAUUUGCCAAAACUUUUGUCAGUUAUAUGUCCUGAUUCUGAUGUUGUUAAAAAUAUUUCCCUGAGCCGAACCAAGGCAACAUAUAUUGCGAAAAAUGUUCUGGGCAAAUACAGUAAGGAGAUGCUAAUCGCUAAUAUGAAAGAAGAUAAGUUUUCAAUCAUCAUAGAUGAGUCAACAGACAGAGGUGUUGUCAAACACUUGUGCUUAGUGGUUAGGUUGACUAUUGAUAAUGAAGUUUGCGACUACUUUUAUGACCUCAUACCCAUUGAAGGGGCAUCUGCUAUAGAUCUUUAUAAUCAUGUGGUAAACUCUUUUGAUAAGGACUCUAUACCUUGGAGAACCAACUUGAUUGGUUUUGCGUCAGAUGGUGCCAAUAAUUUAAUGGGAAAUAACCACUCUGUUAGCACCCUGCUCAAAGAUGAAGUUCCAAAUAUAUUCAUUUUAAAGUGUAUAUGCCACUCUUUUGCACUUUGUGCUUCAUAUGCGUGUGCGAAGUUGCCACAAAUGGCUGAAGAUUUGGUCAAAGAUUUGUAUAACUAUAUACAAAGUAGUCCCAAAAGGAUUGGUGACUUAAAAAUGUUUCAAACGUUUUUACAAAUCAAGCCUCACAAGCUUCUGCACCCAAGCCAGACAAGAUGGCUAUCGCUACAUGCUGCUGUUGCUAGGGUUCUCGAACAAUAUAAUGCCCUCAAGCUGUUUUUCAUAGACGCAGUAUCUCAAGCAGGCUCCUCAGCAAGUGCCCGUCAUAUCCUAGACAAUAUGAAUAACCCAUAUAUAAAACUUUACUUGCUUUUUCUAGACUUCAUUUUGCCUCACUUUAACAAUUUAAACAAGUUGAUGCAGUCUGAGACUGUACAAAUACACAAUCUGAGAAAAAACAUAAUUUCAGUCUUGAAAACCAUAUUGGAAUUUUAUAUAAAGCCUAGUUACUUAGAAUCUACAGAUAUUGAAUCGGUCAACUACCGUAACCCAUCAAAUUUUCUAGAGCUAAAGGAUAUAUAUAUGGGAGCUAAAGUAGAGGCAGUAUUAAAUACAAACAAUUAUCCGGACAAUGAUAUACAAGCAUUGAAAUUAAAAAUUAUGAAUUUUUAUAUAGAAGGGGUAACCCAAAUUUACAAAAGAUUUCCGUUUACCAGCCCUGUGCUGAAGCUAAUAGAAGUACUGGACCCGAAAAUUGUAAAAGAAAAAAAAUAUAAUUCUUUGGCACCAUUAGCCAUGCAAUUCCCUAACAUUGUUGAAGCAUCAAAAUGGCAGGAGUUAGAUGAUCAAUGGCGAUUGUUAAGAAAUACCACGAGUAUUAACUUUGAUGAAACUGACAUUCCUAAAUUUUGGCAUAAUGUUGGAAAGGAAAAGAUAGGAGAUGAGGAGGCAUUUCCCACUCUGUCCAAGUUCAUGAACUGCUUGAUGGUUUUGCCACACUCCAGUGCAGCAGUAGAACGCGUUUUUUCGGCCAUAAACUUGAAUAAAACUAAACAAAGAAACUGUCUGAACACAAAAACAUUAUGUGGCAUCAUGCACAGUAAGAGGUUAUAUAACAAAAGUAGCUGCUUUGCCCAUAAUAUAAAUAAUAAAAUGCUCUCACUAUUCAAUAAAAAUAUGUAUGAAGAUGGAGAUGGUCAGCACGAGGAAGACAUAAAUUAAUUUUUAAUAACUCUACUAACUACCAACUGAUUUCAUUUAAAACACAACUAACAAUCUUAAGAUGGUGACAGUGACAGACUUAGAUUUACAUUACAACACAAGGCAUGUCUUAAUGCGUUUUAAUGUUCCGCUUUACUAAUAUACUAAACCUACAUUUAAAAAAACAAAAUAAGGUACCCAAUUUUUUCUUAUGAUUAUUUUGGUGGGUCUAUUUUUAUAUUUUAUUUUUUCUAUAUUAUUCCUUUUCUUUUCAGAAGUUUACCAACCAUUAUAACAAAUUUAUGAUGUCAUGCGUCAUUCAGUUCAGUAAUACCCUGUCAAAUUUGAAAUGCUAAAGAAAUAAGUGUUGUUAGCAAGAAAAAACGCAACAAAACCAUUAUUUACUAAUCAAUUGCACGUUGUAGUUUGCAGCACUGG